CGAAGCCACUAACUCGCUAAACAACUCGAGACGGUUUACGCGAAAAUAUAUUCGUUGACAAAUUUUACAGCCGUUUUGCAAAAUGACGGACGUAGCAACUGUUCCACCAACUAAAUCUAAGAUGCCUAAAAAGAUUUCAAAGUCGAAGAAGCCUGCCGUUCACCCAAAUUACUGCGAUAUGGUUAAAGGUGCAAUCUCUGCUUUGAAGGAACGAGGCGGUUCGUCAAGACAGGCAAUUCUCUCGUACAUUUGCAAGAACUACAAAGUGGCAGAUGAGAAAACUGUCAACAGCCACCUGAAGCUGGCUCUGAGGGCUGGGGUGAAAAACAACGCCCUGAAACACGCCAAAGGUACUGGAGCAGCUGGUUCUUUUAAACUUGGGGAUGAAAAAGAAUCAAAGUCAAAUAAAUCAAAAGUACCCAAGGUGAAGAAGAUGAAGGCUGCUAAACCCAAAAAGGUUAUCAAGCUUAAGUCAGCAAAGGCGAAAUUUCCGAAACCUUCAUCACCUAAGAAGCUGAAGAUAAAAAAAUCCUCCAAGAAGGUUUCAAAGAAAGUGGUGAAGACUUCUAAACCCAAAAAGAUUAUCAAGAAGGUCAAGACUCCAAAGAAGAUGGCAAAGAAAUGAACAGUCGCCUGCUUGAAGAUGAGAAAAAGUAACUUUCAAAUAUAGUGUAUACUGUGUGUAGCACCAUAUCCAAAUAUGUUUCUCGCGAAUUCACCAUCUCUUAACACUUAACAGUGAACGGAGUACGCCAAUUUUUUUUGGAAAAUCUGGUUUAAGAAAAGGAGAACAAAAGCCCACCUGUUUAAAAUGUCCAGGAUCCUUUAUCUUGUGGUGAGACCUGUAAUAACAUGUUGAGAAGUGCUGAACAUUUGACAGUUUCGUCGUUAUUGCACUUAAACCAACCGACUGAGCACUAGACACGUGCAGUCCGAACACGUGCAACUGACGUUCUUUAUUCAUUAAAAAAAAAAAAAAAAAACCCAUCGAAAUCUUUCAUCAAGAACAUUUUCAUCUUAAGUUGUAUUUGUGUUUAUGGAACAUUAAACAAUCUUGUUUAUUCAUUUCAUAUACAUGUAAUGCAUAAAAUACGUGUUUGUGAUUAGUAAAAAAAAGAAAGAAA